CAAAUUGUAAUAUUUAUUCAAUAUGAGUAAGAAGAACAACAGAGACCCCCCGAAGCAGCACCCAGAACGCAUCUUCCGUAUUGACAGAACCACGCGUGAUAGAAGGAGGCCUAAAGAAGACUCCUCCGAUAGGAGUAGCUCCUGUAAAAGUGGGGCAAGGAAUUUUGAGUUUUUAGACAGAAGCAAUGGAGGUAGAAAUUUUAGAGAACAAGCAGCCUCCUCCUUUAUGAAAAGGGCAUAUGAAGAGGACAAGCAUGAACAUCAUUGGAGAUAUCUAGGAAGAAGCUCGCGGUUUUCAUACUCAGAAUGUGACAAUUAUUCAGACGAGGAACAAAUUAACUUUUACGGUCAAAAUGAUUUUGAAGAUAAUCUUCAGAACCCAUAUUUCCGACGUGAAAGAUACUAUUCCGAAGAUGAGCUUGAUGAAUUCCCGAUAGAAAUAGAUUAUGCUGAUUACGAUUUUGAAGACGAAAUUGGGCAGGAAGCUCAGAAGGAAGAAGCUGCUCCAAUCUGAUGAAGUCAGAAGAAAGGUUUCAAAAACGAGGAAUUCAUGGGUGAUUUGAGCACAAUUGAUGGCCUCUCUAUCUUCGGAGAAGACCUCGACCUCAACAUGCAAAGAGCAUAUAGUAAUGAUCAGAACAGGAACCAGCCCCAAGAAGAGACCAAGGAAAAUAACUGGGAUGACAAUUUCAGCCAAUGAGAGUUCUUUGAAAAUAAUGAUAAAGAUCUUGAAGAGGAGAAACUCCCCAAACUUGAAGAAGAUAAAGAUUAUUUCAUAGAGCCCCAAUUCAUAAAAACCAGCUCUUAUCCUAUAUGUGGAAGUAUCCAGGGCAGAAACUUUAACAGAGAUUACGAUCAGAAUCUUAGUUCAUGGAAGUCAGUCAUGAACGAAUCUAUUGACUUAGUGAACAAUCAAAAUGAAUUUGAUGAGUUAUAAAAUUCUUGCAUUUCAAAGAUAAUACACCACCAAAGGGGUUGAAAGAGAGUAUGCCUUCGUGAAAUAUGCCAAAAAGAAAGAUCAGUUAUCAUGGUUGAGACUCUACUCUUCUCACUCCAUCUAUGUUUGAUAAGGAUCCUGAAGUUGUAACUAGAAAGGGAUCAUUCCAAGGAGAUUUCUGACAAAGUGAGCAUAUUUCUAGAUGAUCACAAAUAGGCAUGGUUUCGUAUUGUGUAGACCAUAGUUGAAAUUCCCCUCUUAAACCUUGCUUACCUUCAAUUAAAACUACUGAGAAAGAUACCAAGAAAGGUUCCAAUAAGGACUGAAGCUUGAAAGCUCCAAGCUCAGUGUUGACAAAAGAUGAAGCUGCUACAAAUGAUGCACAAAUUAUAGAUAUUUCCAACCUCGAGGAACCUUUAAGUUUGAGCCCAGCUCCAUCCCCAAAGUUACCGAAAAGAAGGACCAAACCAAAGACUACGGAAUCUUAUUACUUGCUCCAGCGCAAGACAUUUAGAAUGAUGAAGAAAUUCUUCAAAGAUCAAUUCGAUGCCUAUGUAAAAUAAAUACAACUUCAAGCGUAAAAUCAAACAGCUGUCUCGUGAAGAACUUGAUCGCUAUUUUUAUGAGUGCAUUGAACAAGAACCCAUCUUCGAUUCUUACUCAGAGCCACUGACACAUGGUGUCAGUAAGAUUCUGGUGGAAUCCCUCCAGCUGCUUAUUCUCAAUGAUCGCUAUAAAUAAGAAAGAAAAUGCAACUAAAGGAAUGGACUUCACGGUUUCUAGAAAUCUGAUUAAUAACUAUACUCAGAAGAGUUUGAAUGCUUUCUUAAUGUCAAAAGGCAACUGCCUUUUGACCUUAGUUUAUCUCAAAUAAUGCUUGCUACAUCACCCACAGCUCUCCUCUCCAAAUCCCCCAAAACCAAUGCCACCUCCAGUCAGAUGUGGACCCUUCCAAACUUCUGCAAGAAAUGACCUAUCUCCACUCCCUCACUGCUGAACAAUACGCCCAAUUCCCUGCGUGACCCAGUCUUCCUUCAGAGCAAGACAUCGUCCUUGAUUAACAAUAUGUUAAGAUUUGUAAAAACCGUACCUGU